AUGUCCGAACCCGACACCAAGCGCGUCAAGACCGCCAACGAAGCUCCCUAUGAGCUCAUCUACUGGCCCGGCAUUCCGGGGCGUGGCGAGUUUGUCCGCCUUUUAUUUGAGGAAGCUGGGGUUUCGUACACUGAUACCGCCAAAUCGGGCGGAGAUGCUGUCCCGACGGUUCUCAAGCUCAUGGCUGCUGACAACAAAGGUGAUGACGUGAACCCUCCAUCAUUUGCUUGCCCAGCCCUCAAACACGGCGACUUGCAUCUCUCCCAAACACCAAACAUUCUCCUCUAUCUCGGACCCAAGCUUGGCCUGGCUCCCACCGAAGGUAAUGGCAUCUACCACAUCAAUCAAAUAGCCUUGACCAUCCUGGACUGUUUCUCCAAUGAGGUCCAUGACACGCACCACCCUGUCGCUCUGUCGGAUUACUACGAGGCCCAGAAGCCCGAAGCCAAGAGGCGAGCCAAGUCGUUUAUUGGCGAGCGGCUUCCCAAGUUCCUUGCCUAUAUUCAGCGCGUGCUGGAUGGAAAGGCGAGCGGAGACGGCCCGUGGUUGUACGGCGGGAAGCUGACAUAUGCCGAUUUGGUGCUUUUCCAGGGCAUUGAUGGAACGGAAUUCGCCUUCCCCAAGACGAUGAAGAAGAUGAGAGAUUCCGGAAAAUACGACGGCGUGUUCAAGCUCUAUGAGGCUGUCAAGGAACGACCCAAUAUCAAGGAAUAUCUUGCCAGUGAUCGCCGCUCCCAGUAUUCUGACGGUAUUUGGAGGCAUUACCCGGAACUGGAGGAGGACUAG